AUGGAGAGGCCGAAGACGACGAAGGACAUUCAAAGCCUUAUCGGACGCGUGGCCGCCCUGACCCGUUUCAUAUCGAAGGCUACCGACAAAUGUGUACCGUUCUUCAAAGCCUUGAAAGGGGGCAAACGGGAUAUCACAUGGGCUGCCGAAUGCGAUAACGCAUUUCAAGCCCUGAAGAACUACAUGAGCAAAGCCCCCCUUUUGUCAAAACCGCUGCCUGGGGAAAUUCUCUACCUCUACCUUUCAGUAUCCGGAACUGCCGUCAGCUCGGUACUAAUUCAGAAGCCAGAAAAGGCAGAAUUACCAAUUUUCUACGUCAGCAAGGCACUCCAGAGCGCGGAACUUCGGUAUCCCCCAUUAGAGCAGCUGGCUCUAGCCCUUGUUGUCUCGGCACGAAGACUUCGGCCAUACUUCCAGGCACACGGGAUCAAAGUCCUGACCAACCAACCCCUCCGGCAAGUCCUCCAAAAACCAGAAAUUUCGGGCCGAUUGAUCAAAUGGGCGAUCGAACUCGGGGAAUUUGACAUACAGUUCGUUCCAAGGCCCGCGGAGAAGGGCCAGGCUGUUGCCGAUUUUAUCUCCGAGCUUACCCCAGCAACUGUACAACCGGCAUCUGAGGCGACUACCGAGACCAUCUUACCGUAUCAAACGGGCGCCGAGUGCCUCGACACAUCAACUCCCGUCUGGUGUUUGCACGUUGAUGGCUCGGCAAACCAGCAAGGAUGCGGAGCUGGCUUAGUACUGACAACACCGGACGGACUCAAAAUCGAGUACGCCCUCCGAUUCGACUUCCGGACAUCCAACAAUGAAGUAGAAUACGAAGCCUUCUUGGCCGGCCUUCGGUUAGCCAAGAGCAUGAAUGCAAAGCAAAUCCGAAUUCACAGCGACUCCCAGCUCAUUGUGAACCAGGUAACGGCAGGCUUCGCCGCCAAGGAUGCCUCCAUGUACGCCUACCUUUCAACCGCCCAUCAGCUACUCCGAAGUUUCCAAGCAUACGAGAUCAAACAGAUCCCCGGAGGCGAAAACAGCCAUGCCGAUGCUUUGGCAAGACUCGCUUCGGCGAUAAACGACAAAGUCGGAAGAAAGGUACCAGUGGAGAUCCUUGCCCAACCGAGCACGGUAACCUCCGAAGCGUGUGCCGUACGAUAUGAGGAUACAUGGAUGUCUCCCAUCUACUUAUACCUGACGAACGGCACCCUUCCUGAGGAUAAAGCCCAGGCCCGAAAGCUGAGAUACCAAUCAGCAAGAUACACAGUUAUCAACGAUGUACUCUACAAGCGCGGUUACACUACCCCGUAUCUCAAAUGCCUCACGGCAGAGCAAGGAGAGUACAUCCUUCGGGAGAUUCACAGCGGUGUGUGUGGCGAUCAUUCCGGUUCCCGAUCUCUCGCCUACAAAGUCUUUCGGCAGGGAUACUUUUGGCCAACCAUGCAUCAGGACGCCAAUACACUGGUGAAGAGGUGUGACAAAUGCCAGCGCUUCGGUAAUGUCCCACAUAUCCCUGCCGACCCCCUCACGCCGAUUGUAAGUCCUUGGCCUUUCGCACAAUGGGGACUGGACCUGAUUGGCCCAAUGCCGCAAGGCAAGGGGCAGGUAAAAUAUGCAGUGGUUGCCGUUGACUACUUCACCAAAUGGGUAGAAGCCGAACCUCUUGCAACCAUAACGGCAGCAAAGAUUGAAUAUUUCGUCUGGACUCACAUAUGUUGCCGAUUCGGUAUCCCAUAUGCUAUCAUUACCGAUAACGGCAGGCAAUUCGAUUCGGAACUCUUCAGGCAAUUUUGCACCCGUCUGAAAAUCAACUUGUUUUUUGCAUCGCCGGCCCAUCCCCAGUCGAACGGUCAGGUCGAAGCAAUAAACAAAAUAGUGAAGAAACUGCUGAACCGGCAGCUGGACAAGGCAAAGGGAGCCUGGCCGGAAAAGCUUCCCGAAGCACUGUGGGCCAUUCGAACGUCUUACCGAACGUCCACUGGAGAAACCCCUUUUUCUAUGGCCUUUGGAUCGGAAGCAGUGGUACCUGUGGAAAUCGGCGAACCUUCCUACCGAACGGAAUCCUUCGCACCGAAGGAGAACGAGGAGGCCAUGUCUCUAAGCCUUGAUCUACUCGAGGAGAACCGAGCACAGGCCAACCUUCGGAAUGAAGCCUACAAACAGCGUGUGUCUCGGUAUUAUGACUCUAGGGUCAGACCCCGCUUUUUCCGAAUCGGGGACUGGGUCAUGCGCAAGGUGUCGCUUGCGACGAAGGAUACCACGGAAGGAACCCUCGGACCUUCCUGGGAAGGACCUUAUGAAGUCAUCGAUAUCCUUCGCUCGGGAACCUACCGAUUGAGAGGCUCCAACGGCAAGGCCCUCGGCCAUCCUUGGAACGUAGAACAUCUCAAGUACUACUACAAGUGA